AUGACUGAUUUAGGGCUUAUGAGAUAUUUUUUGGGUAUUGAAGUCCAUCAGUCUAGUACUCGAAUAUUUAUUUGUCAAUCUAAGUAUGCUAAUGAGAUUUUGAAGAGGUUCGACAUGUUGAAAUCCAAGCCAGCACCUACACCAGUCACAAUUGGGUUGAAACUACGCAAGGAAGGUGAAGGACAAUCUGUAGAUCCCACAUUAUAUAAAAGAAUGGUUGGGAGUUUAAUGUAUUUAACAGCCACGACGUCAGAUAUAAUGUAUGGUGUCAAUUAUUUCAGAUUGGUAGGUUAUUCAGACAGUGACAGUGACUGUGCAGGCAGUGUAGAUGAUCGAAAGAGUAGAACUGGUUAUUGCUUUCAUCUUGGUACAGGAAUUGUAUCUUGGGCUUCACAGAAACAGCCUAUUGUGACAUUGUCUUCAACUGAAGCUGAGUAUGUUGUAGCUACAAGUGUAGCUUGCUAA